UAUACUUUUUGCAGUCAUGUCCUAUGAUCGUUAUGUGGCCAUUUGCAGCCCCCUUCAGUACCCAGCAAUUAUGACCAGCUCACUGUGUGUGCGUCUUGUUAUCCUCUCCUGGGUGGGUGGUUUUCUCCUCAUUCUCCCGUCCACUGUCCUUAAGGUGGGGCUGCCAUACUGUGGCCCCAAUGUGAUUGAUCACUUUUUCUGUGACAGUGCCCCCCUCCUCCACUUGGCCUGUGCUGACAUCCACAUCAUUGAGCUGUUAGACUUCCUCAGCUCCCUUGUCCUGCUCAUCAGCUCCCUCUCACUCACUGUGGUCUCCUAUGUUUAUGUCAUCUCCACCAUUCUGAAGAUACCCUCAGGUCAAGGUCAACGCAAAGCCUUUGCUACAUGUGCCUCUCACUUCAUUGUGGUCUCCAUGGGCUAUGGGAUCUCCAUUUUUGUGUAUGUCCACCUCUCCCAGAAGAGCAGCUUACAUCUCAACAAGAUCCUCUUUAUCCUCUCUAGUGUUCUCACACCCCUCCUGAAUCCCUUCAUCUUCGGUCUACGGAAUGAAACCAUGAAAGAUGCUCUGAAGGACAGCUUGGCCAAGGGCCGGGACUUCCUCAAGGGGAUGAGGUCCAAGUGA